AUGAAUACGAUAAGAUGCUAUGAGCCAGCGUGUGACGGUGAGGCUGAGCUUUUAUGUAACUGCACUUCACCUGUGACUUAUUCUUGUGAAAAUCAUAUGCUGAAGCAUUAUAAAUCAAGCAGCCCUCAUAAUUUUAGCUCAAUCUUUGUAGAGCCUGUUGAAGGCACAAAAGAAGCAAUUCUUCAGUUUCUUGCAGAAGAAAAGUCAAAAAUUGAAAAAAUUAAGGCAAAUAUAAUCGAAUCCUUUGCUCAAACUCUUAGAUUAUUAAGCAGAAGAAAAAAAGCUUUGGAAUGCUUGCAAGAAGCUAUCAGAAUUGAUCCAAAUGAUGCUGAUGCACACAAUUGAAUAGGAGUUAUUUUAGGAAAUGAAAAUAAAUGUGAAGAAGCAGUAAAAUAUCACAACAAAGCAAUUAGAAUCAACCCAAACUGUUCACUUUAUUAUAAUGAUAAAGGAUAUGCUCUAUAUAGAUUAGGCAGAAUAGAAAAAGCUAUUGAUUAUUUAGAAAAAGCUAUCAGAAUUGAUCCAAAUAAUGCUAAUUCAAUCAAUAACAUAGGAAAUAUCUUAACAAAUGAAAAGAGAUAUGAAGAAGGAGUAAAACAAUUUAGCGAGGCAAUUCGAAUCAACCCUAACUCUGCAAAUUAUUAUUAUAAUAAAGGAUAUGCUCUUAAAGAGUUAGGCAGAAGAGAAGAAGCUAUGGAAUCCUAUAAAGAAGCUAUCAGAAUUGAUCCAAAUUAUCCUGUUUCAUACAGUUGCAAAGAAUUUAUCUCAGAAAAUGAAAAGAGACAGUUAAAGUGCACUUUAUUUUAG